AUGGGUUGGCACGUGGCGAAAGGCGAUGAAAUGGCAGAUGUUUUAGAGGGAGAUGUUGCUGUGUUAGAGUGCCGAUUUGAAGCUUCGUUGAUCCGUGGGAGUCCCACCACUCUCUAUUGGAUCAGGACUAACAAUGCCGGGACUGACAAUGUGGCCAUCGGGGACAUCCUCCUUCAGGAACACUACAGGGUAUCAUUUCAUCCAGAGGAAGGUCGCUAUGACCUGUACAUCGAAGGAGCUACCUAUACCCGAGACAAUGGAAGAUUUGAAUGCAAAGUGAAAGAAAGAGGAACUGGGAAGGACUUGUAUGCCAAAGAUUUUCAUCUCACAGUCCUCAUACCACCUGGUCCACCCGAAUUUUCCCCUCGGACUCCCCUAGUGGUCGAGGGGAAUUCUGUAGAACUCAUCUGUUCCAGCAUCGGGGGAAGUCCAGACCCUCAAAUCAAGUGGUACAGAGAAGGAGAUGAUCACCCUCUGGAAUCCGUGACGUUACAACCUGGUCGAGGAAAAGAUAGCCAAACGAAAGCUAUCCUCACUUUCACAGCUAAAAAGGAUGACGAUGGUGCCGUUUUCAGAUGCGUCAUUUGGAACAGAGCCCUAGAACAAGGAAAGGUCCUUGAAGCCAGGAUCCAACUGGGCGUUCAAUAUUUCCCGCGAGUCACCGUGGGACCAGUAAAUCCGGUCAAAGUCCUCGAGGGUUCCUCCGUUGCUCUGGAGUGCAAAGUAGACGCAAAACCCCCCGCUGUCGGGGUGAGAUGGAUGAGGAACGGACGAGUACUUUCUCGGGGUUAUAGGCACUCCCUUGACAGAUUAGAGGUGGCCAAUGCCGGCGAAUACGUGUGUCAAGCGGAUAACGGCUUGGGUCAGAUGGGUCAAGGGUCAUUAGAGGUGGAGGUUUUGCACGGUCCCAGGGUCAGCGUUCAAGAGAGACUGGAAGUCCGGGAAGGAGAAACGGCUCGAUUGGAAUGCUCCGUCGCCUCCAAUCCUCGCCCCAUUCGAGUGGAAUGGAGGAAAAAGAGUCAGGGAGAUGGGAAGGAAGAGGAAGGAAGUAGUAGUAGCAGUAAUUUCCAUGUCCAAGGAGAGACUCUUCUCUUGAGACACGUGGAACCCCGAGAUGCGGGUUUCUAUGUCUGUACGGCGACAGUGAUAAUGGACCCAGAGCCGAAGACAGGAACAGGGAUGAGGAUGGAAAGACAAGAGAAUGCAACUUCUCAACUGGUGGUUCGUCAUGGGCCAGGAGAAGCGGAGAUUCGGACUUCGCCUGGGAUGGGGAUUGCAGGACAACCGUUGACCCUUCUCUGUUCUGCAUCUCCUCGUGGUUAUCCUCCUCCUGUUUUCACAUGGUGGAAACAGGAUUCUCCAGGAACCCCACUCGCCAUGGGACCCAACCUCACUCUCCCCAUCCUCUCUCUCGCCUCUGAGGGUGUCUAUCAGUGCAGUGCAAGGAAUCAGAUGGGACAAGGAAGUCCCGGUUCGUAUAACCUGGAAGUCGCACAACCACCAAAUCUGUUGAACGUCUUGGAACCGAACGCCAUUCGAGAAGCGGGAGACCCUGCCUUCUUCGUCAACUGCUCCGCUACCGGGAAGCCUCGCCCGGAAGUGAGGUGGAUGAGGAACGAGGAUGAGAUUCAACCCGAGAAUCCCUUAUAUGAGAUCCAGACAGAGACAUCCGUGGGUCGUCAAGGUGUUUUCACCGUCACUUCCCGUCUCUUCUUCCGAGGCCCUGGUCGGAAUCCCCGAACACCAGAUACAGACUCCUCAGGCGCAGGACACCUCGGCCUCUCGCCUCUCGAUGCCGCCAGAUACACGUGUCGUUUCCACAAUCACGCCGGGGAUGCCCAAAAUCAUCAAGUCCUACGAAUUCAACAUUCACCUAUUUGGGAAGCUGGCCCGGAAGAGGCACCUCCUCCCUCCGAGGAUUCUUUCCUCGAUGUUCAUGAAGUCACUUCCGAAUCCUGGGAGUCUGUCUGGAAGGCAUUUAAUGGUCCACUCAGAACUCAGGCGUCUCUGGAAGCCAUGCGAGAUUUUCUACUCAAGAUCGGGAAAGGAGGGAGUUAUGGUCACGUAAAAAUGGCUGGAUCAUUGAAGGAAGCUGCACAUUUGGAGUGCCGAGUCCGGGCCUUCCCACGUCCGAGGUUCCAAUGGUUCAGGGUUCGGGAUCGGAUAAAGGAAGGCUCAAGGGAGAUCGAAGAGGAAGAUGAAGUGAAAGGAAGUGCAGGUGGUAAAUACGAGAGCAAUAGCACGAGCACAGGGAGAGACGUUCAUGUGGGUGUUUUGAGGAUCAGGGAUUUGGUGGAAGAAGACUUUGGUUCUUACAUCUGUCGAACAUCAAAUGCUCUUGGGAGGAGUGAUACCCGGAUUGUGGUGGGCCCAAGAGGCCCUCCUGACCCACCUCUCCCUCCUCGGGCACUGGCUAGUGGAUCCUCAUGGAUUCUCAUCUCCUGGCUCCCUGGAUUUCAUGGCGGCCUCCCCGAUUCCAUAAAAUUCAUCGUAUCUGCCACGUCCUCCAUCAAUCCCAGUCAGGAAACUUUGUUCGAUUGCCAGGACAGCAAUCCCUGCAAUAUAACCGGCCUGGAUCCCCACACUUCCUAUGCGUUCAAAGUGCGAGCAUUUAACGUCAUGGGAAAAAGUGAUUAUUCUCAAGGAUCUCGCUUGAGCACGAGUGAUUCCCAGUUGGCAAAUGCGGAAUCGUUUAUCUAUGGAAGAGAUAAGCAUACAUUCUCUCUCUCAACUCCUCCUCGGACAUUGUUGCCACUAAUGGCCGUAUUGGAAGUGAAGAUUGAAGGCUCUGAGUGGCGUCAUUUGUAUAACGCUAUCCUGGAUCAUUCCUCGAUGGAGUUUUCCCUGGAAGAUCUAGAUUCUGGUCUCCGAGAUAAACCUAUUCAAGGACUCAGAGUCCGCCUCUGCAAGCUGGAUGACACCAGUGUCUGUGGGGAUUCUGCUGAAGCUCUCAUAAGAACACAUCACAUCGAGAGCCUCAUUCCCUCUUUCCUUCUCGAUUUCGCCCCAGGGGAAGACAAGAAGGGGGGGAUGGGGGGGGGGGGGAAACGAUAUCGAUUACACGGAUAUCAGUGUCAGGAGGAGUUGAAUGAAAGGACAGGAAUGGGAUCUUGGAGCCUCUCCCUUGAUCAUCACGUGUGCUUUUCCACUUCUGCAGUGGAUCGCCUGCCGGAUGCUGUGUUGGAAGCCGAAGGAUUCCCCGUUCAACUUCUGGCAGUCAUCGUCGUCUCCUGCUUUGCCUUCUUGGCUCUCUUGCUCGCCAUCUCGUACUGCUGCUGUUGCCGACGCAAGGAUCCCAAGGCCAAGGCCAAGGCCAAAGACUCUCCACAUCAUCCCCCCUCUGGGUUGCCCGUGCCGCCUUCAGGUCCACCUCCUCCUUACUAUUCGGCAACGGACAAGGGACUAUAUGAAGCCUCAUCCCCAUCAGCAGGGGCUCAGAUCCAAGGCUCUCAUCAUCAUCAACAGAAUCACAGUCACAACAUCUACGGCUCUUAUCCGAAUGGGGGAUCUUACGCUAUGGACCAGAGUUACUCGGCGUCGGCAUCUCACAAUGGGGGAUCGGUGAAUUCCCAGGAUUCCCUGUGGAAACCUCCAGCAGAUGAUGGAUCCUAUCGGAAUUUGGAUCCCGUUCAAGCCCAUCAUGGUCAUGGACUCGGGCUCGGGGAUUAUGCUCAUUAUCCCAUGUCACACGGAGAACGUGGAGAGCUGUUGGUCGGAGAAGAUGGAGCCUAUCUUCGUCGAGCCACCGACUCCUUCGGUCUCGAUGGGGUGCACCAUACCCACUCUGGAGGAGUAAGUGGGUUACCAGAUCCUUAUGGCGGGGGUACUCAAGCUCGGAGCUUCGAAGAAUCCCUGGAAAGUGGUUAUUCCACGCCCAAUUCCAGGAACCGACGAGUGAUCCGAGAAAUAAUUGUCUAGUUCCUUCCCUUGCCAUGCCAUUCCUUGUUCUAGUCGAGGGGAAAAAAACCGUCUUCGUGAGAUGGCGCCGAAUUCCACCUGAUCUCAUGGCACAUCCAUGUUUGUCCUCUGGUCACACGGGUUUCUCUCUCCCUGAUUCUCAACAAAAAAGCGGGAACGAGAGAGGAAAAAAAAAGAGACUUCCCCGCAGAUUUUUUUUUGCUUUCUCUUCUACGUUUUUCCGCCAAGGACAGAAGGGAGAAGAGAAAACUUUGAAUUUGUUUGCUCAAGUUCAACACGGAGGCGCGGGGCGACAAAGUCUAACAACUUCCCCGUUGUGAACCUCGAAGAAGGAAGAAGAAUUGGAUUUCCAAUCCAAUCUCCGAUCUUGUGUUUUCGUGAUCUCGAAGAAGGGGGGGGAAGGGAUUUCUGUCUCCUCAUCCUCUUUCCUUUUUUCUCCUUCAUACCCCCCUGACUGUGAUAUCUGUUCAUUCAACUCAUUCGUGCAUUGUCUUUGUCAUAUAUGUGCUGGUGAGAAAGAUGUGCUCAUAAUAAAUUGUGGACAAUUCCU